GCAGCAGGCACCAGACCGCCUGCAGCAAACACAUACAUCCAGAGCUGACAGAGACUUUUCCGCCUCAGACAGACAGAGCUGCGGUUUGCCACCAGGCAGCACAGUAACAUGUUCCUGGCCUCGGGCCUUCACUGUAGCGUGGAGGUCCUGAGGAGCGUCCUGACGCAGCUGGAUUACUACUGUACAAGCACUACGUUUGGAAGGCUGUGCUGUUCUGGUGGAACCUGGAGAAACUGAUCUGUAACUUUUUGGGUGUGGACCAUCUGUUGUCUUUUGGAGGUGGGUUUUACAGUUGGUGGAUCUCAGAGCUGUUUGGAGAACUCUCGGUUGUUCGGUUGCCGGGACAAACCGGUCUUUCUGUGAUCUCGCCGGCCCCCGGUGGCCUUGUUUGGUAGUGGUGGUGGUGGAUUUAUAAUAAGGACCCCCUAAAAUGAUGAUCAAGGAGACCUCGUUACGAACGGACCCUGACCUGAGGGGGGAGCUGGCCUUUCUGGCCAGGGGGUGUGACUUUGUGCUGCCCUCACGCUUCAAGAAGCGACUCAAGUCUUUCCAGCAGCAACAGGUCAGUCAGUGCACCGGGACGUGGGUCAGAGGAGGAGGAGGAGGAGGAGGAGGAAGAGGUGGGAGAGGAGAAAAUGUGUGUGUCCAGGCCUGUGGCUGUCCUCUGUACUGGAAGGCCCCCAUGUUCUACUCAGCAGGUGGGGAGAGGACGGGCUUCGUCUCCGUUCACUCCUUUAUCGCGACCUGGAGGAAGUUGUUGCACAGUUGCCAUGACGAUGCGUCCAGGUUUAUUUACCUGUUGGCCAAACCUGGUCUGAGUUACCUGGAGCAGGAAGACUUCAUCCCUCUGCUGCAGGACAUCGUGGACACACACCCUGGACUCACCUUCCUGAAGGACGCUCCUGAAUUCCAUUCCCGCUACAUCACAACAGUGAUCCAGAGAAUAUUCUACAUCGUGAACCGUUCGUGGACCGGUCGCAUCACCAUGAUGGAGCUGCGCAGAAGCAACUUCCUGCAGACCCUGGCUCUGCUGGAGGAGGAGGACGACAUCAACCAGAUCACCGACUACUUCUCCUACGAGCACUUCUACGUCAUCUACUGCAAGUUCUGGGAGCUGGACACCGACCAUGACCUGUACAUCGACCCUAAAGACCUGUCCAGAUACAAUGACCACGCGUCCUCCAGCAGAAUCAUCGAGAGGUUGUUUUCAGGCGCCGUCACUCGAGGCAGUGCUGUGCAGAGGGAGGGACGCAUGAGCUACGCUGAGUUCGUCUGGUUCCUCAUAUCUGAGGAGGACAAGAAAAACCCCACCAGCAUCGAGUAUUGGUUCCGCUGCAUGGACGUAGACGGUGACGGCGUCCUGUCCAUGUUCGAGUUGGAGUUUUUCUACGAGGAACAGUGUGAGAGGAUGGAAAGGAUGGGCAUCGAACCCCUGCCUUUCCAGGAUCUGCUCUGUCAGAUGUUGGAUCUGGUCAAACCUGAGAGUCCAGGCAAGAUAACGCUGACCGACCUGAAGCGAUGUCGGAUGGCUCACAUCUUCUUCGACACCUUCUUCAACCUGGAGAAAUACCUCGACCAUGAGCAGAGAGACCCGUUUGCUGUGCAAAAGGACAUCGACAGUGAAGGUCCGGAACCAUCUGACUGGGACAAGUACGCCUCAGAGGAGUACGAGAUACUGGUGGCUGAGGAGACUGCAAAUGAGCAGCUCCAUGAAGGCUCUUUUGAUGACGACUACGAGUCCGAGGAACUCCACGUCCCAGCAGAGAUCGGGAAUAAAAUGGAUAAACUGGUGAUAUCAGAUUUGACUGCGUAAAAAAAAAAAACUAACAUUAGUUGAAAAUAACAUAAAUCCUGGAUCCAUCUGAUCCUGGAAAACAGAUGGAAAGCCAGUGAAAAAUGGACGGAGAGAGAAAGAGAGAGAGAGAGAGAGAAGACGACGACGAUGAAGAAGAAGAAUAUUGGGGAAGUAAAGGUGGCGCCUGACUUCCGUCCUCGGUCUCCUCCUCCUCCUCAGAUGGAGCACGUUAUUUUAAGUGUGUGUUUGAGAGAACGUGAACACGUACUGCUCUGUUCUGUGUUCUGAUGAAGCGCAGCAUUUCUAACCAUACACAACGCAGCAUCACUGCCUCGGGAGUUUUCUCCAUCUGCCAGGAGAAAGUUAAAGAUGGAGGACGCAUGGGUCAAAUAAGCUUUACAAAGGAAACCAGAGGAGACUGGAAAUGUAUUUCUACUGACAAUCCUGCUGGAAGACAAUCGCCUGUGCUCUCAGGUGUCGCUCUGGGACGCCAAAACAAAACAGAUUCAUCGUCAGCUGCUCAGAUUAUUCACCUCCAGACUGACACUGCCGUCAGAAACCGUCCCCAACACUGUGUUUCCAGUCCAGGAGUGUGAGCUGUUUGUGGCAGCGCCUCCGUGUGGCCAGCCAGUACUACUGCAAGUCAUCAGCUGUCCAGCAAAACAUUUUUGUUUUCCCAGUCCACGGGGGAGUACAGUUCACUGCACUGCUGAACUGAGCUAUUCUUAGACAGGCAUCACCAGAGUUCACUCUGCAGCAAUUUCUGUAAAAACAAAAAAACAAAAACUGCAGAUCAGCAGGAUUCAGGCAGUGAGAUUCAGUGACGAUGCUGACAAACAUAUCAAACUCUCUGGUAGAGUUCCCCUCCCAUAACAUUUGUAACUCUACAAACAUAUAUACAUAUAUAUAUAUAUACAUAUACAUAUAAAUGCUCACAACAUUAGGGCUGUGAGUUGUCCCUGUAUAUCCACCUCCCACUCUCUGUACAGCACUCGCUCUUCACUUCCUGUUCUUUCUGUCAGUUUCAGUGCCAAGCUACAUUUACACUCUGCCUGUUUUCUACAGUUUUGUUUUCCAAAUGUGCACACACACACACACACACACACCCCAUCACAUCGUUAUGUUGCCUAAAGUUUUCGUUUGUCCAGAUUAGGACGAAGGUUUAAUUCACGAGGGAACACUGUGAAACUGCAGCGCCUUUACUGAUGCAGCGACGGAAAGAUGAGCAGCCGCAACUGAAAGUUAACCAAAAAUGCUAAACAACAUCGUUUCUCCUAACAGCACAGUAAGAACCUCGGUAGUGCCCUCUACUGGAUCAUACACAUCAGAAUACAAUGAGACACUUUUUCAUUUUAACUCAUGAUUUAAAAAAUAAAACCACCUAAUAAAAUAGCUAAAUGAAUUUAAUGUGGAAAUAUAUUUUAGCUUUCAAGGAGUAGUGUUAACAGAAAAGAGUCGAUUGGACAAGAAAUGGUUAAGUGUUAAACUACAGCAGAAGUUAUUGCUGAGGUUAUUCUAAAAUUGGAUUUAUUGUCUUAAAUAUGCUUAAAAGAGUUAAUGAGAUGAUCUUAUUUUGAUAUUUAUCCUUGAAGUAUUACUUUUAAGAAACGAUAUUCCAGCUCAUGUAAAAACCUGCCCUUCUGCCAUGAUCAGGUCCUGGACCAGAUGUUGGACACAGCUUAUCUGGGGGGGGGGGGGGGGGGGGGGGUGUUACUGGAUUUUCCUCUGUUGUGAGAUGUAUUUAUGUCCCAGUUUUCAUCCAAUCACAGAAUCAGUGAAAUAAUGUUUUCUCAUCAUAAAAAUGUGACAUUAGUGAAGGAGAUUUCACAAUAUCCUGUGUGGAACAGUAACC